UUUACCCUACUCUCACUCGAUUCGCGUCGAAUUUGCUCUGCCGGUCUGCCCUUCCACCUAAACCUAACCGGGGAGUUGUCAGCUUCAUCUUCGCAACUCCCAUUAGUCAAAAACCAUAGUUCCUGUAAUAUCAUAGGGUUCCACAAGCACAGAACUAAGAGAGAUGGGUCACUCUCUAUCUCCUUCAUCACCCUUUCUUUCAGCUGAUAGUUGCUGUCAUUUGCGACGUUGUGAAUUCUCAAACUUCUUCUAUUUCAAUCCAGUCACGAAUUUUCAAAUGUCUAGGCAUCGGCGAAGAUAUCUCUCUGUGUCUGUCGAUGAGAGGAAGCUCGAAGCAUCUUGGUUGUUUCCAGACGGGAAAGCCAACGAUGACUAUGGUGGUUGGGCGAUUUCUACGGACCAAGACGACGAGAAGAAAGGUCUACUACCACCAUUCCUCUUAGUGGGCAUUGGGACUUCAAUUGUGAUCUUACUCUCCGCAUUUGCUCAUCGCUCACUUACCAGAAAAGGUUUCAAGUUUCCAUUAAAUAUUCAAAUGCAUGCUUUGCAAGGAAUGUUAAAACCUUCUGAACCGAAAGCAUCUGAGGAAAAUCUUGUGAAUUCCUGGGCAAGCCCAGAAGCAUCUGAUGAAAUUAGCGAAACCCAAGCCCCAGUAUCGAUACCAAAGCUCGAACGUGUUGUUGUCCCUGUGGCUGUGGAUUCUGCUCAACAGGAAGCCCUACUACUGUUGAAGAAACUGAAGAUUAUUGAAGAUGAUGUCAAGGCAGAUGAGUUGUGUACCAGAAGGGAAUAUGCAAGAUGGCUAGUCAGAGCAAAUUCGUUACUAGAAAGGGAUCCAAAACACCGGGUUGUUCCAUCUGUUUUACUUGCUGGUUCUCAUGUAUGUGCAUUUGAUAACAUAAGCAUUGAAGACCCAGACUUCCACUACAUUCAAGCCCUUGCAGAGGCUGGCAUUGUUCUAAGCAAGCUAUCGGGCAGUAACAACCGAUUCUCUGAUCAGGAUGGUUUCAAAGGCCAAGAAGAGAUUCAUUUUUUCCCUGAUAGAUUUAUAUCACGACUUGAUCUAAUUGACUGGAAGGCUCAGCUAGAAUAUUCGUCCAUUGAAAGAAUAGAAAAGAAGAUAUCAAGAACAGAACUUGGUUUUAUGGAUGUGAAGGAGAUUAAACCUGACACAACCCCAGGGCUAUACCUGGACAUUUUGGCUGGUGACAAGGGCAUAUUGAGAAAAGUUUUUGGACAGAUCAAGCGACUUCAACCUGGGAAACCUGUAACAAAAGCUCAAGCAGCAGUGACACUGACAAGUGGCAGGAUGACAGAAGCCAUUCAUAGUGAACUAUCAAGGAUAGAAGCUGAGAAUACAUUGAGGAUGGCGGAAAUGGAACAAAUCAAGAUUGAGCUGCUUGGCAAGGGAGAGAUACAGAAGUUUUGGGAAGAGAAGAUGAAUGAAGAGAAAGCACGUGGUGUCCUAAUGGAAAAGGAUUUUCUUGGUGCAGUUCAUGAUUUAGAACAGGAAAAGAUUGUUCAAGAUAAGAACAUGGCCCGUCAUUUGAAGGAGAAGGCAGCUCUGGACUGUCAAAGGCAAUUGCUUUCCAGUCUCAAGGAAGAGGUAAAUGAGAUGUCUGAAAGACUUGGCAGUGACAAAACUAGUUUGAUGGCCGAGAAACAGACCAUAGAGGAUAUGCUCAAUGCGCUACAGGCCAACCAGGAAGCCAUCGUUGAUGCCAAAUCUAUACUCGAAGCUGAGAUAGAAGCUCUUCAGAUUCUUAGGUCUUGGGUUGAGGACGAAGCAAAGAAAAACCAAGCACGUGCAAAGGUUCUUGAGGAGGUCGGUCGGAGGUGGAAGUGGGAUGACCAAGCAUCAUUGUAACAGGCACAUGCUGUCCUGAAAGUGGAUGUAGGGAGUUGCAAUAAGCCAAGCCUACGAGGGUGUCAGGAAAUGACCAAACUCGAUCCUUCUGAUUGGUGAGAUGCUUUGAUUAGCUUUGCUAAUUGUUUCAUUUAUUUCAUUAUAUUUAACAUCAUAUUGAACCAAUGGAAGAAGAGGAGAAAUUCACCCUCUUCCUUGUCAUUGUUGUAUUAUCAUUAUAGGAAUCAAAGAAAAGCGGAAGGAUGCUUCUGAGGCCUCCGAUUGAUAAUCAUCUCUCUCCCAAUUCCUUGAUUACAGGUGGAAUUGAUUAUUUUUUUGUAAGAUUCUGGUUGGUAAAUAUUUCUAGAAUCGAUUCCAGAAUAGACUGAGAACAGAAACUAUGAAAUGCCAUUCUCUUCUUACUCAUCCACCCA